AAUUCUUCUUCCUGCUUACAUUGGAAAUGGUCAUGCAUAAAGACAGACCGCAUUGAAAUGUACAAAUGAAAUCCUUAGAUCGAAGUAUAUAUCAAUACGUGGUAUCUUGAUGAAUUAUUUAAAACGAGUGAAUAUAUAUGGAUUAUUGAAUCGCAAUGUCGGCUUUCACCAGAUUCGGACAGUCGCAGUUCGACUCCGUUAGCAGCUCUAUGGCGAGUACCCCCGCGUUCCCUUUGACGUCAAGUGAUGGCCUAAGUGCAGCCUCCCGGGAGCAAGCGGUAUUUCACUCCAUCGAAGACGACGAGACUUUGGUUAAGGAACGUGUUAUCCACAAACCAACCGCUGACGUAAACAGGCCUAUGGACACACCGGACUCGGUGAUCAGUUCGAGCUCCAAUCGCUUCAUCCUGCCCUCCAACGGUCGGCCAGGAACGUAUGUGAACGCAGGAGGUAUACAGCAGGUACCCGACUAA